AUGACUGAAACUAACAGUUCUAUAUCCGAAAAGAAACUCGUCCGAAUCGACAUUAGUUCUGAUACUGUAUGUCCAUUUUGCUUUGUUGGCAAAAAGAAUCUUGACAAAGCCAUAGCUUCCUCUAAGGAUAAAUACAACUUUGAGAUUAAAUGGCAUCCGUAUCAACUCAACCCUGAUGCCCCUAAAGAAGGCAUUGACAAGAGGGAGUUUUACAGAAGCAAGUUUGGAUCCCGAUCGGUUCAGAUGGAAGCUCGAAUGUUGGAGGUUUUCAAAGGAGUCGGUCUUGUUUAUAGUUUGAAUGGACUCACGGGAAACACUAUCGACAGCCACAGGCUUAUAUAUUUUUCUGGAAAGCAGGGUCUUGAUAAGCAACAUGAUCUGGUUGAAGAACUAUGCCUUGGUUAUUUCACUCAGGGAAAAUACAUUGGUGACUGGAAUUUUCUUCUUGAAGCUUCUGCCAAGGUCGGUAUAGAAGGAGCAGAAGAGUUUCUUAAGGACCCUAACAAUGGGCUGAAGGAGGUGGAGGAUGAGAUUAAAACAUACUCAAGAAACAUUUCAGGGGUUCCACAUUAUGUGAUUAAUGGGACUCAGAAGAUAAGUGGUGCACAGCCCCCAGAAGCAUUCUUGAGAGCUUUCCAACUUGCUACAAGUUGA